AGAGGCGACCAAUGGGAAGCUGACAGGAAGUGCGUGUAUGUGUGAACGCUGUUGCAGAAUGUUCGGAAAACUUUUCAUCUCGCUGUUUCUCCUCUUUAUUUUCUACAAUGACCCUGUUGAAACACAGAAGAAAAAAGAGACUCUGAUGUCAGAGAAGGUAACUCAGAUGAUGGAGUGGGCCUCCAAGCGUUCAGUAAUCAGGAUGAAUGGAGAUAAGUUUCGGCGCUUUGUGAAGGCUCCUCCCAGGAACUACUCGGUGGUCAUCAUGUUUACCGCACUGCAGCCACAGAGACAGUGUGGGGUCUGCAAACAAGCUGAUGAGGAGUUCCAGGUGCUGGCUAACUCCUGGCGUUAUUCCUCUGCCUUCACUAACAAAGUCUUCUUUGCAACUGUUGAUUUUGACGAAGGAUCAGAUGUCUUUCAGAUGCUUAGCAUGAAUUCUGCUCCGACCUUCCUCCACUUCCCAUCCAAAGGGAAACCUCGCAAGACUGACACCUAUGAGCUGCAGGUCAGAGGCUUUGCUGCAGAGCAGCUGGCUAGAUGGGUGGCAGACAGGACUGAUGUGCAGAUCCGUGUAAUUCGUCCUCCUAACUAUGCAGGGCCUCUUCUGCUGGGCUUCCUUUUAGCUGUGAUUGGAGGGCUGGCGUAUUUGCGAAGACACAAUUUGGAGUUUCUGUUUAACAAGAACGUCUGGGCGUUCUCUGCACUGUGCUUUGUCCUCAUCAUGACCUCAGGCCAGAUGUGGAACCACAUCAGAGGACCACCAUAUGCUCACAAGAACCCCAGCACCGGUCAAGUGAGCUACAUCCAUGGCAGCAGUCAGGCGCAGUUUGUAGCUGAGACGCACAUCGUCCUCCUCUUCAAUGCUGCUGUUACCAUGGGAAUGGUGCUGUUGUGUGAGGCCGCUACCUCUGACAUUGACAUUGGAAAGCGGAAGAUCAUGUGUGUAGCAGGUAUUGGUCUAGUGAUGCUGUUCUUCAGCUGGCUGCUGUCUGUCUUCAGAGCAAAGUACCAUGGAUACCCAUACAGCUUCCUGAUGAGUUAAUGCAGACCAGCACCGUCCAACUUCAGAGGAAGCUCCCCAAAGUGCUGUCAACCAACAGGGUGCUCCACAGAAACGCCACUUUCCCCUCUGCUCUCUGUGCUUUGCGUGUGUGCGUGUGUGUGUGCGUGCGUGUGUGUGUGCGCCUUUCUUUACAAAGACUUAGGCUUUGCCAACCGAGCCAUCAACAGUGUGCAUUCUAGCCUGGCCUAUGCCAUAAGGUGUUUUCUAACUUUAAACUUUGGAAUAGUUUUCUAGUCCACUGCUCCUGGACAUACAUUUCUGUAACUUUCUGUUUUAAACUGGCCAUGUGCUCUGUUCUGAUGUUUGUGUGCGUGGUCGAAACGGGAUAUGAUAUUUAUGGUGUAGCAAAGUAGAAGCAGUUAUUUCACUCAUGCAGGGAUUCAUUGUGGUAACAUCUUAUACGGGUCUUGUAAUAUGCUAUCCAAGUUUGGGGGAAAAGAACAACACAGGUUUAUCCAGGAGAUAAUGUUUGAUAUGAGAUGAUAUUUCUAAUAUUAAAGUGCCUUAACUUCCUAA